UUUUUUUUACUUUUUAUUUUUUUUCCCUUUCUUACCAAAAGUAUUUAUAAUAUACUUUCUAAUAUAUUUUUUUUUUUACUUCAUUCUUUUACCAAUUUAUUUAUUCUGUCUCGUCCAUAUCUUAUUUAAAUAUAAUAUCAUAUUAAUAUUUUUUUUUCUUUAAAAGUUGAUUUCAAUUUUCAAACUGUAUCUUAGUUUUUGACUUUGCUAUACGUUAAUAGCUAUAUGGCGGAACCAAAAAACUUUAUAAUGCAACUGAGCGAUUAUUCAUUUCUUGAACGAUCAGUUCAUGAUAUUUAUAUAUGGAUAUGGUUUAUCGUACAUGUAUGGAGAUGUGAUAGAUUUGCUUCAUUAAGCUGGAAACGCAUAUCGUCAUUAGAAUUAAAAUCAUUUGUUACCCUAUUCAUAUUAAUUGCAUUGCCUUUAGGAUCAUUUUAUGAUAUUGUAUCUACAAAGAUAACGUAUAUAGAAGGGUUUUAUAAGUUUCAAAAUAAUGCGAUAAGGGGAAAACCAAGAUAUUUAUGGUCAGAAGAUGAUAAAUUAUGGUUUAUACCAAGUUAUUAUAUAUUCAUGACUGGAUUAAGUUUUCAAACGGUCACAUUGUUCUUGUUACAAUGUUUUUGGAAUUACUUAACAAAUUCAAUCGCACAAACAUCUUUCAUCUCAAGAGGUGAAUUUGCCGUUUAUAUUGUGUGGGGAAUAAUAAGUGUUUCAAUAUAUCCCAUAUUACCUUACGUAUUUAGUAAAAAUGAAAUAUUGUUAGAGGCUAUACCUCAAUUGGUUUAUGCAACUCAAUUAUUGAUUUUAGUAUUACUCGGUAUACGUACUCAUUUAAAAUUCCUUGAGUUAAUUAAAUUAACUUCUUCUUAUAAAAAUUCCGCAAAUAUUAUUGCAAAAAUAAGAUAUUUUAUUGAUAUGAAUAAAUUAUUAACUAUAUCACUUAUUGUUACUACCGUAUCAUAUUAUUUAUUAAGCAUUGAUCUUUUAACUUCCGCAAAAAUUAUUAAUAAUUCAAAGGUUGCAAGUGAUCUGUUGGCUGCGCAUGUUAAUUUUGCGUCAGUAAUAGAAUGGUUAGCAUUAAUACUUAUAUUUUAUCCAAGAAAAGGUUUUGUUGGUACAGGAGCUGGUGGAUCUACUUUUAAUACGAAUCUUGGUUCAAGUAGUGUUAAUCCAUCAGUUAAUCCAGUUUCACAAAUUUCCUAUUCGAAUAGUACAAAAUUAAGUAAUGUACCUCCUGGUACUGGAGCUGGUAUUAAUUUUAAUAAUGAAAAUCGUCAAAAAACAAAUUCUAUUGUUGAUGUCAAUCAAGCUAACAACAAUUAUCAGAAUACUAUUAAAACUGUACCAAUUAGUCCUGAUUAUAAUAAUAAUAAUGUUAAUAAUAAUAAUAAUAAUAAUAACAAUAACAAUAAUAAUAAUGAAAGUGAAAAUUCACAAAAACAAAUUUUACAAAAUCAAUCAUCAUUUAAACGUUUUAAAAAGAAAUCUAUUACUGCUUCACCAAUUCCUUCAUCAGAUAAUAAUUCAGAUAUUAGUAAUUCAGAAAAUAAUGAUGGAAAUAAUAAACCAGUAUACCUUAAACGUAAUAUAUCAAUAAGUAAAGAUGGUAAAAUGGUAUAUGGUGAAACAAAACCAUUGGGUAAAGUAAAAGGUGCAGAAUUUGUAGCAGUUGAAAAAGCUGAUCCUAGUUUUAUACCUAAUUAUUAUUUUUCAAAUGAAUUAAAAGAUAGAAAUGGUAAUGUAAUUAAAAUACCAUCUACUAUUAAUGAACAAAAAUUUAGAUACAAAAUUGAUGAUGAUGAUGAUGAUGUAGGAAACAGAAAUAAUAGUAAUAAUGUUAAUGGUAGUACUAGUGGUGGUAGUACUAGUGGUGGUAGUGAUCAACAAAGAAUUAAACAAGAGGUGAUGCAACAAAAGACAAUAGAAUCACAACAAGGUGCAAUAAAAGAAAAUAAUAAUAAUAAUAAUGUUAUUACAAAAAAUAAUGUUAAUGAUAAACAAGAUUCUGAUGAUGAUGAUGAUGAUGAUGAAUUCUUUUAUGCUAUGUAAAAAAAAAAAAAAAUGCACUAUUUUCUUAUUUUAGUUGAUUUUUAUUUAUUUUUAUUUUUAAUUUUUAUUUUUU